AUUCUCGCCUUCCAUCGUUCGGGUCGCUCACAUCGAAGCUGUGUUCCCACGCGUCUGCGAGCGAGAGUCCCGCGCGGCGUCUGUGUCUGAACUGGACUUUGUUUAGCUCCGUCGCACGCGACAAAAAUGGCUGUGUAGCUAACGUUAGCUCGCUAGCAGAUACGGUUGAACUGAACCGAGCCCGGCUAGCGGCUGCGCUAAUGGUCCAGGAAGUAACAGCACAGAGCGUCUCUCGUCUCCAGUCUUGUCUGUGUCAGCUGCUUUUGACCCGAAUACAAAGUUAAACGUGAGUAACAGCGGAAGUAAACACGGUCUGUGGUGACAGGACUGAGUAAUGUUUCCCUAUGGUGGCUCUUUAGCCUUCAGUCGCCUCAGCCCCUCUUGCAAAGGUCCACUGGAGCAGCCAUGGUGAAGAUUUUCAUCGGGAACCUGUCUCAGCACGCAGGGAAGGAAGAGGUUGAGGCUCUGUUCACGCAGUACGGCACGGUGACAGAAUGUGCCAAGUACAAGAACUAUGCUUUCGUCCACAUGGAGGACCGCAAGUGUGCCACCAAGGCCAUCCGCGAGCUGCAUCUCUACAAGCUGAACGGCAGGCCCAUCAAUGUGGAACUCAGCAGGGGGAAGAACCAGGGGCCGGUGAAGCUCCACGUUGCCAAUGUCGAAAAGGGAUUCGAUGAGGAGCUCCGCACCCUCUUUGAGGAGUACGGCACAGUCACAGAGUCGGCCAUCGUCAAGGACUUUGCCUUUGUGCACAUGUCCAAUUCGGACGAGGCCAUGGAUGCCAUCAAAGGUCUGGAUAACACAGACUUUCAAGGAAAGCGCAUUCAUGUUCAAAUAUCAAAAAGCAGACCCAGAGGGCCACCUGAGGAGGAGGCCUAUCCACCUCCGCCAGGCAGAGGAGGCUAUUAUCCUCCUCGCUACCCAGCAAUGGGGCCCGAGCCUCCCUACAGAGGCCGCAUGUCUGCUUACCCUCCUCCUCCUCCUCCGCCGCCCCCUCCCCUGAGACGAGCGGCGUACCCCGACCGUGGCUAUGGUGAGCGAGACGGUUAUGGGGUGGUCGAUUACUAUGAGAAAUACAGAGCCCGUCCUAGUGGCGCCGAUGACAGGCGUGCUAUCCCCCCUCCUCCACCUCCUCCCUCAGCGCUGGUCAGAGAACGUCUUGGAAUGGGGUCUAUUGAUCCGUAUGAGCGGCACCAGCCCCCAUAUGCUCCUCCCUCCUACAUGGCCAGAGACCGAAGCCCCAUCAGACGAGCACCCCCACCGCCUGCUAUGCCCGCAGGUAACGGCUUCUCCUAUGAGCGGACCAGGCUGUCUCCGAUGCCCAGAGCGCCGAUGUACGCAGCCCCCCGUCCCAGGGACUUCAUGGAGAGAGCGCCUCCCCCGCCACCACCACAACCUCGUUAUGCGGGCUAUUAGGCACCCAAGAGUAUAAUGCAAGGUUUAGAAUAUGACAAGAUCGUCAUUGUCUGCUGAUGCACGUGGCGCUAUGCAUCCCCCUCGUCUAUGGCGGAUUGCGUUGCGUUCGCCUGAGACUUACUGGAAGAUACUGUUUUGCGGACAGCCCCGUAUUUAAAAACAUACGAUUACAUGUCUACAGUUCACGUAUUUUUCAGAGCUGUUUAUGCUUUUUUUUUUUUUUCCUGUUUCUCUGCUUGUUUCACUGUUCAAAUCCUUAAAGUGUUUUUCAGAAUAGGAAGGUGCUUAGUCUACGCCAGUGUGAUGCAGUACUGCAAACACUCUUGCCUUUCAAUUUCUCUAAAUGGACAAGGCCUCUGGGAAACUGUGACAAACUUUCUUAAUAAGGGAAGAUUAUUGUGUUCAGACUAACGUUGGUGGUUUAUCACAAAAUGGUCAUCAAAAAUCGUUAAAAAGAAUUUAGCGUAGAAGUGCUUUAAUAUAAUACUUGGUGUGGCAGGCUGUACAAUAAUCUAAAAAAGUUGCGACACAUGUUAGCAUGACAAAUCAAAAGAUUCAGUGUGUUUUUGUUCUUUUUACACUUUGUGUUCAUCUUUUCUUGCGAAAACAGAAUCAUAGCACCGUUAUGUAUGAUUUUAUUUACUUUACAAGUUGCUUUUCUUCUGAAGGCUUUUUAAUAAACAACUGAAACCAAAAA